AUGGACCCACUUACGGUUCUAGCACUGGUUACAAAAUGCAUCUUCGGGUUAGAAAAGAUCUACCAGUACAGCAGCGAGGUCCAGCGAGCAGAACUCAACGUUCUUGAACUCACAGCCGAGUGUCGGACACUUGAGGUAGCCAUCAGCAAGACUCGCGACUUGUACGCCGGUAAUGGCCCGGCCUCCAGCAACAGCCUGGAAGGAGUGGAUCUCGCUCUGGCCAAUUGCGAACAGCAGUUCCGGGUCCUCCUCGACAAGCUCCAACCCGUCCUGACCCUUGUCGAGAAGCCGAAGCCCAGCAAGUUUUCAAUUCGCUUGCGCAUCUCGGCAACAUGGAAACGCAACGAGAUUGACUUUCUUCGCCAGUCCAUCCGUGGCCAAGCGGGAAUGGUGAACUUCUUGCUCACAGCCCUUAGCUAUGACUCGAUUAACAAGAUGCGGGAGAUUCUCGAGUCGAAAGAGUUCCAACAGCUGCUGAAAAGGUCUAACAACGAAACCGAGUCGCUGUCAAUCGCGUACGACCAAGAAUCCAGCCUUUUUCGUGUGCGGCCUACCGAUCACAAUGCUCAAGCCGAGUCAAUUAUUGAUUAUAAGGAAUUCUCGUUUGAGCCCGAACUGCUCACAGGAAAAGCCUACAGGAACAUGUACGCUCGAUGGAAGCGGUCGCUGUUUAUCAACGACAGAGAUCAGGCAGAAGCUGGAGUGGGCUCCUCCGAGGGCGAGGACGGACUAGACGACACAGACCAAGUCGAAUCGUACGAGGAAGCGCUACCGGAAGUACCCAGCGACGUUGUACAGGCCAAGGACGUGACCAACGUCAUGAAGAAGUUUCAAGCAUGGUGCAGCCAAAAAAUCGACACAUGGGAAAUCUCAGGCAGUUAUAACUUUGACUCUCCCGCUGUCUUAGAGGCCAAGGAGAAACGUGCCGAAGUAAUGUACUCCGAGAUACGCACAGACGUGGAGGCCUGGAGGAAGGAUGCAGGGAUGAACGAGGAAGAACUGAGGGCAGUCAGUUGUGUGACGCAGAUGCUGGCCUUCAUACAAGAGCGCAAUACCUGGCCUCAGUAA